AUGGACAACUUAGUAGAUAGUUUUGAAUUUGUAUCUCUUGCUCUAGACUCAAAUAAGAAACCCCUAUUAUUUAUUGAUCUAUAUGUCCAGAAUUCCCCGGCAGAACCCCUCAGAACACUCAUAGACUCCGGAGCAACAUCAAAUUUCAUCUCCCCCUCCGUGGUUGAAAAGUUAAAAAUUCCAAAAACCCAACUCAAAAAUCCACAAGUUGUGAGGAUGUUAGACGGUACUAUAUCACAGACUGGUCGCAUUUGGCACCAGGUUCACCUCACGGUCUUGGCCAAUGGCCACUCCCACUCUAUCCCCUUCCUUGUUUGCCCCAUAGGCAACACCCCGGCUAUUCUAGGCAUGACAUGGUUAACGGCAGAAGCCCCUCUUAUUGACUGGCAACAGGGAUUAGUCACAUUCCCUGAACAGGUACAGAUUGCCUCCGAAGAAGAAGCGGACCUAGACCCUCUAGCAGAUCUCCCCCCCCAGUACCAUGAGUUUGCUAGAGUAUUUGGCGAGGAAGAAUUUAAGGUCCUCCCCCCACACAGGGAGUAUGCUAUAUCCAUAGACCUUGUUCCAGACGCCAAAUUAUCCCCAGGCCCCAUAUAUGGCAUGACGGAUGCGGAAUCCAAGGCACUCAAACAACACAUCAAUGAAGAACUAGCCACGGGCAAGAUCUGCCCCAGUACCUCAUCUGCCGGAGCCCCUGUCAUGUUUGUCAAAAAGGCUGAUGGUUCCCUUAGGCUUGUUGUGGAUUACAGAAAGCUCAACAAAGUUACCCACAAAAAUGUCUACCCUCUCCCCAGACAGGAUGAUCUCAUGGCCAAAUUACGAAAUGCCAAACUGUUCACAAAGCUUGACCUACGCUGGGGCUAUAACAACGUCAGAAUCAAAGAAGGGGAUGAAUGGAAGACGGCAUUCAGGACCAAAUACGGGCUUUUUGAAUACUUAGUGAUGCCUUUUGGCCUCACCAACGCCCCAGCCGCCUUCCAACACUUCAUGAAUGACCUGUUCAGAGACCUCAUUGAUGUCACAGUGGUUAUCUAUUUGGACAAUAUUCUGAUCUUCUCCAAAAAACCUGAGGACCACCCUUCCCAUGUCAGGGAAGUCCUUUCACAAUUGAUGAAGAACCAGUUGUUCUGUAAACUCUCCAAAUGUCACUUUCAUGUCACCACGGUAGACUACCUUGGUAUUGUCAUCUCCCCAGCUGGCUUCUCCAUGGACCAAAAGAAGAUUGAAGCCGUUACGUCAUGGCCCACACCUAAAACGGUCAAACAGGUCCAGGCCUUCUUAGGUUUUGUCAAUUAUCUCCGCCGGUUCAUUCCCAAUUUUAGUUCUGAAACCCCUUGGUCAUGGGGUAACCUGGAGGAAACUGCUUUCCAGGAACUAAAGUCCCUCGUCACCCAGUCACCUGUCCUAAUCCACUCCAACCCCAGUCUUCCCUACUACCUAGAAACGGACGCGUCAGGAGUAGCCAUGGGAGCCAUCUUAAGUCAGCAAGGAGAGGAUAACCGCCUUCACCCAGUCGCAUAUAUGUCCAAGUCCUUUUCCAGCGCAGAAGCCAACUAUGACACCCACAAUAAGGAACUUCUAGCAAUUAUCAAAGCCCUGGAAGAAUGGCAAAUUUUCCUGGAAGCAACAGACAAACCAAUUCAGGUCUUCACAGAUCACAGGAACCUGGAAUAUUGGAGGCAGGCUAGGACCUUCAACCGCAGGCACGCUAGAUGGCGCAUCUUCCUGAGGAAACCAGACGCACUGUCCCGACGCGCAGACUAUGUUGAUCUUCCCCCCAAACCAGAAGUUAUGAUCCCUACAGAAGUUUUUGCCAAUACGUCAGAAGAGGAACUGGAAAUUGUCACGGAAAUCCGCACCAAGCUUAGAGAAGACCCAUCCCUUGAGUCUAUUAUCCAAUUCCUCACAGAAGAUGCGGACAACGCUCCCCCCUCCAUCCGUAAGGCAUACAAGGAUUAUGACUGGGAAGAGGACCUCCUCUGGUACCGUGGCAAACUAGUAGUCCCAGACUCGGAAGCCCUGAAGGAACGGCUACUCAGAGAAUUCCAUGACGCACCCCUGGCAGGACACCCCGGACAACAACGUACCUUGGAACUACUAAGUUGUAACUACUGGUGGCCAGGCAUGAAGUCCUCCGCCAAGGAAUGGGUGGAAUGUUGCCCGGUAUGCCAAGCCAAUCGACAAGCCCAUGCACCAGUCAUAGCGCUAAAACCGCUGGAAGUCCCCCCAUUUCCAUUCCACACCAUCUUGUAUGACUUUAUCACAGGAUUCCCUAAGUCAAAUGGGCACGAUGCAAUCUUGGUAGUCAUUGACUCCUUUUCCAAGUUCGGGCACUUUAUCCCAACCUCAAAAAAGGUGACCGCUAAGGGGCUAGCAGACCUAUUUGUCAGUCAUGUCUGGAAAUUGCACGGAUUACCGGUUAAAACCAUUUUGGAUUGUGGAACCACAUUCACGGGAAAGUUUCUAAGGGCACUAUACCAGCAAUUAGGGGUUAAACCGGCCUUCUCAUCAGCCUACCACCCAGAAUCUGAUGGCCAAACAGAGAGGGUGAAUCAGUUUAUUGAAUUCUACCUCAGAUCAUAUGUUGCUGCAGACCACUCCAACUGGGCUACCUGGUUGCCACUAGCGGAAUAUGCUUACAACAAUGCAAAACAUUCCGCCACAGGAAAAACCCCCUUUGAAUUAGUCUAUGGCAGAAACCCCGUCAUGAAUCCGUCAAACGUCCCCGCAAACGUCCCAGAAGCAGAUCUUGUGGCAGACACUUAG